AUGUCACCAGCAAAGCGCAGAAAGACGGGUGGUGCGGAGAUGAAGCCAAAGAACAAGGCCAGUGAGCGAAAGCCACUCCCAGUUACCAUUCUCUCUGGUUUCCUAGGUAGCGGGAAAACGACCCUCCUACGACAUAUCCUCAAGUCACCAGACCAUGGAUUGCGCAUCGCCGUUAUUGUGAAUGAUAUGGCCUCUGUCAACGUCGAUGCCAACAUCAUAAGCCGAUCUAGUAAUAAGCCAAACAGCAAUGGUGAGGUACGCGUCAAGGAGAAGAUGAUACAGAUGGAGAACGGCUGCAUCUGCUGCACGCUUCGAAGUGAUCUGCUGGUCGAGCUGGCUCGUCUCGCAUGGAGCGAUCAGGGUUUCGACCAUGUUGUGAUUGAGAGUUCUGGCAUCAGUGAGCCUCAGCAGGUUGCUGAGACGUUUACUACUGAGUUGACUGAGGCUAUGCUUGAUGCGGAGGGGUUGGAGCCGGAUGAGAAGGAGGUGUUUGCUAAGGUUGCAAAGAUUGGUGGAUUGAAGACAAUUGCGACUGUGGAUACUAUGGUCACUGUCGUGGAUGCCUUUCGCUUCUUCUCUGAGUUCGAUACUGCAGAGUUCCUGCAGGAUCGCUUCGGAAAAGAGGAGGUUCCUGACGAGGAUCAGCGCACCAUCUCUGAUCUCUUCGCUGAUCAAAUUGAGUUCGCUAAUGUCAUUAUUGUCAAUAAGAUUGAUAGAGCCGAUACUGCAACUCUGGGCCGCGUCAAGGCCUACAUCAAGUCGCUUAACCCGAACGCCAAGCUUAUCGAAGCUAGAUAUUCCAAGGUAGAUGUCCGUGAGAUGCUGAACACUGGUGUCUUCAACUUUGGUGAGGCAGUCGCAAGUGCCGGGUGGUUGAAGAGUUUGCACGAGAUGACUGUGAUGGAUGUCCAUGGCAAGAAGCGUGUUGCGCCGAAACCAGAAACGCUAGAGUAUGGAAUCGGGUCUUUCGUGUACCACGCUCGUAGGCCAUUUGAUCCUUUGAAGCUCUACCGAUUGAUUGAGGGCAAGUUCAUUCUUCUACAGGACGAAGCAGAAGAUGUGGAUGAUGAAGAGGACGAAGACGAAGAAGAUGGCAAUGAUGGAUCAUCUGAUUCUGGCAAAGCCAGCACUUCCGGAGAUGAUUCCGACAAGGAAAGCAAUGAUGACGAUACUCCUCCGAUUGAUGACAAGCAGAUUCUGGAAAACAAAAGAACCAGCCCUUACUUCAGCGGUCUUCACCGCAGCAAAGGUAUCUUCUGGCUCGCAACUCGUCCUAACCAGAUGGGUUCAUGGAGCACCGCCGGCGCAAUGCUGACACUCGGAUCUGAGAUGCCUUGGUUCUGCUGUGUGUCUGAAGAGGACUGGGGUGCUGAUGAAGAUACCCUAAAGGCUAUCAAGAACGACUUUGAAGGCAAAUGGGGAGACCGUCGCCAGGAGAUGGUUUUCAUCGGCGAGAAGCUCGAUGUUGAUGGUAUGAGCAAGGCGCUCGACUCGUGCUUGCUAAGUCGCAGUGAGAUGAAGAAGUGGGAAAAGGUUAUGUUUGACAAGAAGCUAGAUGACGAUGAAAAGGAAGAGACUCUGCAAGAAAUGUGGGACGAUGGCUACUGGGCGGAAUGGCCGCGGGUGCAGGAUGAGGAGGAACAUGACCAUGAUCAUUUCCAUGACCAUGGCCGCCAUCAAAAUGGCCAGAAACACUGA